AGUGGGAGAGGGGUUAGGGUCGAAUGCACAGGUUGAGAAGUGAACAAGUGACGAGGGUUUAUACGGGGAACAAAAAGAGGAAACCCAAGCAUCUGCAACACUAGACCCACCUCGUAGGAAGCACCGUUUGGAUCUCCAGUGUUUGGCUCCAGGCUCCAACAGAAAGAGAGAAAACCAACGACAACAAGGACACUUCGCUAGACUUGGGAACUCUUGUCUCAGACCCGCAGUGGACCUCGGCUCGACCCAACUGGCUGUGCCCUGGUUCCGAGUGAACGAUGCUGUGGAGGUUGACUCUGGCCGUGGUGUGUGUCGGCGCCAUAUGCAGCUGCAUGAAGACGGACCUGGCCAGCAGGCUGAUGAUGCCGAGGGACUACGGGGUGAAGCUGUGCGGCAGAGAGUUCAUCAGAGCGGUCAUUUUCACCUGCGGCGGCUCCCGGUGGAGACGAUCCACGGGGGGGGGCGGAGAUCCCUUCCAGUGGAGUUCCCUCAGUGACGUCACGGUGGGGGAAAACCACCACACCUGGCAGUCGGGCCCGGAGUUUACGGCCGACGACCUUUCCCCUCCCCAAAAGGGCCGCUCUCUGUCCCUGGCAGACCUGCUGGCUCUUUACGGGGCCCCCGGAGACGGGCCGUCGCUCGCCGACUCGGCCCUUCAGCAAACCACGGUUUUAGGCCAGAGGGACGGGGAGCGGGCGGCGGCAGCAGCAGGCAGCGGCGUGAGCAGCAAGAAGAAGAGGAACUUUUCUUUGGGUGUGGCGGGAAAGUGCUGCAACCAAGGCUGCAGCAAGAACGAUAUCGGACGCUUGUGCUAAGGGAGGGGGGCGGGGCAUGUGACAUGAAGACGGUGUGAUGGACAUUAGUGGAGGGACGUAGGAGGAGAGUUUACGUCUGCUCUUUAAU